AUAUAUUAACGCUCUAAUGUAUAUUAACGCGCUAUAGACUCUUGCCUUUAUAAAUACGCAUAAAACUGAGUUUCGUGCAGUUUCACAGGGAGAAGAAGAAAAACUACAUUGAGAAAACACAGGCUGAGCCUUACGAAAGCAACAUGAAGGUGGACCUCAAGCUGGUGCUAGUUGCGCUGGUUGUGCUUAUGAUUGUUGGUGACACAUCGUCACGUGUCGUGUCACGCAGACCUGAUCCGGCCUCGUCACGCAAACAGACCUCGUCACGUGUCGUUUCACGCAACCCUGUUCCGGUCUCGUCGCGCAGACAGACCCCGUCACGUGUCUCGCCUCCACGCAAACCUGUUCCGGUCCGGCCACACAAACCUAUUCCGGUCCCUCCACGGAAACCUGUUCCGGUCCCGCCACGCAACCCUGUUCCGGUCCCACCACGCAAACCUAUUCCGGUCCCGCCACGCAAACCUGUUCCGGUCCCGCCACGCAAACCUGUUCCGGUCCCGCCACGCAACCCUGUUCCGGUUCCACCACGGAAACCUGUUCCGGUCCCGCCACGGAAACCUGUUCCGGUCCCGCCACGGAAACCUGUUCCGAUCCCGCCACGGAAACCCGUUCCGGUCCCGCCACGGAAACCUGUUCCGGUCCCGCCAAGGAAACCCGUUGCGGUCCCGCCACGGAAACCUGUUCCGGUCCCGCCACGGAAACCUGUUCCGGUCCCGCCACGCAACCCUGUUCCGGUCCCGCCACGGAAACCUGUUCCGGUCCCGCCACGGAAACCUGUUCCGGUCCCGCCACGGAAACCUGUUCCGGUCCCGCCACGCAACCCCGUUCCGGUCCCUCCACGGAAACCUGUUCCGGUCCCGCCACGGAAACCUGUUCCGAUCCCGCCACGCAGCUCAGGAUCAAGUUCAAGUUCUAGACCCAAUCCAACCAGACCGCCACACUCGGCCAAAAGCCAGGCCGAACUCACGGAUAUAUACAACGAGGAAGUGGCGAAAGUGACUCGAUACGAGAGGCCUUUACAGGGUUUUGAUAAAAAAAUCGGGCCACUCAAGCAUGAUGGCGUCCUUGUCGAAACAAAAAGCGGGAAAACGUAUCUCGUGCACAAGGGAAAGGGUUUUGGUAUAGCCAGCGACACGGUGGUAGUGGAGAUGAAUAAAAUGCCCCCUAACUGGGACAAACUAGACAGUCGAAAUGGACUUCCGGGCGAGACGGUUAGCGACUUUGUCAAGCGAGGAGGAAAGAAUUAUAACCUCCUUUGGGACAAUUGUCAGGAUGCCACCAAAAGAAACAUGAACCCCAAGCCACAAAAAACAAAUAUGCCAAGCCGCCCUCCUUCCAUGUGAUGUCAAAGUGAAUGUGGUAUUUCCACUACAGCGGCGUAGCCAGGAUGUUUAACAAAAGGGGACCCAAAAGGUCCUUUAAAGGCAUUUUCUCCUGUAUUUUAAAUAAUGCCUCAUACAUUUACGGUAAUUUUGGCUGCUAGAAGGGGGGGCCACCCCCUAUGCACUAGGUAACCCUUCCCUUAAAGUUGAAGUGCUUCUUGAUUUCCUAAACUCCUUAAGCAUAAACAUAUGACAUGUAAUUAAGCUCUAUAAAUGCUUUUAAUUAAGUAUUUGGAAAAAAAUAAAAGGUGAUACAUCAUA